UGAUAGCAAAAAUGAAUCAUUAGUGAGAAAAUUGAGAAAUUUUCAUUAAAAAAUGUUUUGGAAUGGGAAUCUUAUCUCUGAUAUCAAACUCAAACAUUGGAUAUAUGGCUUAACCUUGUGGGCGAUUUUAUGUUCGAUCAAAGGCGAUGAAAAUGUUGAAAAUCAAAUUAAAGGAGCUAGAAUAUGGCAUUCACCUGACAUUGUAUUUUAUCCGGGAAAUUACACUUUUAAAUUCUGGGUGCUGACUGGCGCUCCUUGUACUGCCCAUUGUCAAAUAUUGAGUCGCGCCAUUGGAAAAAUAAGCAUAAAGCAACGAACAAGCUUGGAAACUUUUGAAGUCACUAUAAAAAACUCAACGAAGCAUUAUGAAAGAGUAGUAACGUUUCAGAAAGCGGGAAAAUAUGAAAUACGCUGUGAAUUUAAAAACCAAGAACACAGUGCUUUAAUGACAAGCGAUGUCACUAUCAACGAACCAGAUAACCCGGUCACAUUUACAAGCAAUAGUCCCGUGGCUAACGGAGAUGUCGUCGAAGUUGAAAUUAAUCUUGGAAAAUGGAACAAUGCAUCCUCAGUUACAGUAUUCUACAAUAAAUUUCUAAAUGAUACCGAAUAUGAACCAGGCUCAAGAUUCAUGUUUAUAUUCACUGAAGUAGAGGAUGGCAUUUUGAUACAGAGGCGAAUUGAUGAGAUAGGAACCUUUUAUAUGCUGUUCGAACUAGACAUUUACUUAGAAGGUGGUGACAUGAAAUUUGCCGCUGUCGUAGUUCCUAUGACAAUAUACACUGAGAAGUUUAAUAAGUCAGUCACUGUGAAUUUCCAUUGCGCAACCUCGUUUUACCUUUUCAAUGACUCAUUUACAAUCACACAAAACGAACAAAAGACUCCAGAUGUAGCUGUUCCACUUGGAAAUAUACUACACAUUGAGGGAAUAUCCACGAAUAAAUCGAGUGAGUGGACCUGGAGCUUGGGCGAAGUGUUAAUUAGCUACAAAAGCGAUUUUAAUUUGACACUGAAUUCAACAAAUCCUACACCCCUAAAUGGAAUUGUGAAAAAUGGAAUAUCAGCAUUUCACUUCAGCUUAUUACUCAAUCCCAUGGGUGUCACGGAAGGAAUUCUAAUUCUGAAUAACGUAACCGCGACCAAGAAUUCCAACAUUUCAUUAGAGUUGGUCGUCGCGAGUAACGUUCCGAAGGAAAUUUUCAGUCGAGCAAAUGAUUUCAUUGUGUCAGUCAAUGCCUCAACGCUGAGCACAAAUAAAACAAUAUUUUCUGAGUUACCAUACAAGAAUAAAAAGAUUUGUUUUGACAACUCCUGGUCUAUUGAGGAAUACGUGAAACGGUGGCCCGAUAUUAAUUUGCAUAACUUCAAUAGGAAAUCCAAAUCUUAUUGCUUGUUGCACUUCAAGCUCACUUUUGCUGAAUUCGGGACUCAUUAUGUUACAGUGGACGUAAAAAAUAAGCUAACGCAUAUACGCGAAAAAUCAAAGAUAUGCGUAUCACAAUUUGCUGCUUGUCCAAGACUACAAGCCAAGAUAAAAACACAAUCAACAGAUGGAGUCAUAAAGCUGGAGGAAGGUCGUAACAUUGUGCUUUCGGGAGAAUUCAUUCAGCGUCCUUGUCCUGAAAUGCCAAAUAAAAAUACUAGCAUAAGUUUUUCCUGGACUGUGUCUCGUAUCAAGAAAGAAUAUUCCAACGUUUCAGGUGCAUUCAGCGACAACCAUUCUGAUCCAAAUUGGAAAUCAAAGAGAGGAGGAAAUUCUGAAUUCUUUUUAUCGUCAAAAAUUUUGACGCCGGGGUUUUAUUAUUGUGUGUUUCGUGUUGCCGAUAAUUCUUUCUGUGAAGACAAUCCUUUGUACUCCUCCGACACUCUCGUGAUUCAAAUACUUUCUCCUCCGUUGAAAGCCAAAAUUAAAGGCGCAAAAGAAUUUAUUGUGUACGUGACUAGUGAUUCAACUAUUCAUCUCGAAAGCGAACAAAAAUAUACACCGGACCGCGACGUCAGAUACUUGUGGUUUUGCAGAAAGAAAAAUGAGGAAGCUGCUUUUCGAAAGUAUAUUAACAAAAUAAAUUUUGAUGAAGAACUUCCAGCUGAUGAUGGCGGUUGUUUUAGCAAUGGAUUUGCAGUAUCUGAUUUUAGUGGAACACACGAGAAACAUUUAACAAAAUCCCACAAAAAUGUUUUGUCUAUCCGGGUCUCGAAGUUUGAUAUUUUGACUGGAGUACAUUUAUUUCGACUUGUGAUUAUUGAUAAAUUUGGAAAUAUAGCAUUCGAUGAUAGAACAAUUUUACUAAAAGUUGCACCGCCAGAAAUUCAAACAGUUUUAGAUAUGCUUUCUGAAAACAAGACUGAAGGUCAACCGUAUGUUGCAAUCCAUUGUGUUGAAAAUUGUGGUAAGAACAUAAUCUCCACAAAACAAUUUCACCUGAAAGCAACAUGUGAAAAUUGUGUUGAUGACAUCUCUCUCCCAUUUAAUGUCGAGUUUGAGUGGUUUAUCAAGGAACCCGAUUCUAAAAGCAGUGAUUUUAGUAAAAUAUUUUCCUGGUCUCGUGAUUCCUACACAGCGAAACGAGGUGUUGACCUUAAACUAAAAUCGUCAGCGUUCUCUCAAAUCGGAACAUACAGUAUAUCAGUCAAUAUGAACGCAAGAUACAAGGACUCGAAAGAACAGUAUGUUUCGGGCUCCGCAACCUAUUAUGCACAAGUAUCAGAUUCGCCUCCACCAAAAAUAUGUUUUAUUAGUCCGUCCACGGGAACAGCGCUUUUUACAAAGUUUGACAUUGGGUGUCAAGGUCACACUUCAUCUUAUCACAUCACUUACGAAAUGUCAUACGUAGAUUGCCAUCAAUGCAACACUAAUGGUAUCGUAUUUUAUCAUGGUAAUACGCCACAUGCAAAAGGAGUUGCACUUCCGCAUGGUGAAAAGGGUUAUGGAUAUAAAUUAAUAAUAACUAUAAGAUCAUAUAAUGAGAAGACAUGUGGUGUUUCCGAAUCAUUUGUUAUGGCAAAAAUAACUCCACCGGCGCCCGAAGAACGAAAAUAUCUUUUGGAACAGCACAUUAUAAAAGACCAUUCACUGUUGGACGAAGCUUUCCGAGAAAAGAAUAUAGUAGAGUUUGCUAGGAUUGCUUCUUCCUCUCUAUCCAUUUUGGAGUCAAUGCAAGAUGAAUCCUUCAGUGAUACCGUUUUGAAAAGUGUGACCAAAAAACUGGAAAACAUAAAACCGGAUUCGUUGCAAAAUGCACGAUCGUUGUCACAAGUCCUGCAGAAGGCGACAAAUAUCGCUUCUUCGUAUAAACAUACGUCGUCGAAUACAAUUGAGGACAUCUUGAUUUCUACAGAAAAAUCAACUUCAAUUAUUGCUAAGUUCCUAAAACAUUAUUCUAGUCUUGAAACCGAGUCCAGUGUAAGCUUCGAAGGCGUUUCAAAAGACGUACUCAGUGCAAUGUCCAGUCAACUUGGAAUUGUUUCUGAACUAGAAACAUAUAAACAAAAUUCUAGUUCAGCUAGCGAUAUGAAAAAAGCAAUCAGAAAAGGCAUGUUGAAAAGUUUGAAUAUGGUAGUUUUGACAGCAUCAGAACACAAAAGCAUGGAUGAGAAAGCAACUGAUUUAUCGGUUAAAAAUAUUGAUAUAUCUGUAACGAAAUCCAAAUUGAAUUUGCUUUCACCGGGGCCAUUUUAUCCCCAAACAGGAUUGAAGAUUGAUGUUGGCCCAUCUGAAGCAGAAUCAAACGGUGGAAAAUUUGAUAUCUCAACUGGGAUAUCUACAUUCUCAUCCCAUCCACUGGGUAGUUUCAAACCAAACUUAAUUACAGAGCCUAAUGAACGAGUUGAACAGUCUUUCAUUGUUGGAAUCAGCUUAAAAAUAGAAAAUUUGGGAAAUGAAACAAACAGUAGAGCUCGCACAGAGAGUUCUGGUGGAAACUUCAACCUUAUUCGGAAUAAAACAGUUCAUGUCUUAGUUCCUUUCCCACCGAAAAACAUCAUUUCAUCAUUGUCGAUCAAUCUUCCGAAGCCCUGCUUGGCAGGCCACAACCAAACUUUUGUUUCGUCAGUAACUCAAUCUUGCGGUUACGCAGUUGCAUCAUUGGAUCUUGAUUUAUCAGCUUUAUCAAAUCGACGAAAACGGAGUUUGGUGGAAUCAAAGUACAAGAAUAGCUUCAUUGUUGUUCGUCCUAGUCGCCCGUGCCGCAUCCCUAAUGUGCCGUGUGUUAAACUAAGUUUUAUGCUGCCUAUAAAUAAAAAAGAAAGUGCGGAAAAAAUUGUUGAAUUCGAUACUGGCGAAUGUGAAAAUCUCGAUCUUCUAGCAAAAAAUUCUAAAUGUUUUCAAGCUUAUGAAGUUUUGUAUAAUACAACAUUGCCAAUUACCAAAGAAACAUCUUCAACGUCAGAGUUUGACCCAGACCCUUGGAGUAUUCCAACACCUGGCAGUUUGUUGGAGCAAUCCUCUUCAGAUGGCCGUGAACAAAUCAUCGUUGUUAUGGAACAUUUGCAGUCGGAUUCGACAUCUGACGACACAAUAUCCUAUCAAAGUGUAUCUCUGACUUUUGCUAGCGCAUCAUGUAUGGUUUGGAAUAGCAAUGAAGACUCAUGGAAUGACGAAUAUUGUGGAGUAGGUAAACUGUCCAAGGAGAACAUGAUUCAUUGCCAAUGUGGCCCACAACCUGGGAAACCAUACGAUCUAGCAUCGAUGACUUCAGACGACGAGGAUGUUCCUCUGUUCUUCACAUCAGCUUUGAUAAUCACUCCCAACAAAAUUGAAUUCAAUGAUGUGGUCUCGCUAUUUCUCAGAUUACGUUCACAUUAUUAUGUUAUGGUUGUAAUACUUCUCUGCUGGGCCAUUUUUAUUGUUCCUUUGCCAUGGGCGCGCAGGGAUGACUUGAAAAGCUACACAUUAUCAGAUAUUAUUAUUCCUGAGGACAAUAAUACAAAACACAGUUAUCUAUACGAAGUUGUUGUCUCAACUGCAAUGUUGAGAGGAGCCGGCACAACCGCCAAAGUAUCUAUUAUCUUGCAAGGCAGUAAAGGAGUAUCCACCAAGCCACAUAUAAUCAGCACACCUGACUGUUCUACACUACAGCGUGCGGGAAAAGAUUCUUUCCUUAUUGCAACUCCGUCAAGUUUGGGACAAGUAGAAAAACUUCGAGUUUGGCAUGAUAAUGGAGGAGAAAAUCCAUCCUGGCAUUUGAAUCGGAUAGCUGUAUUUGAUUUGCACAAUCCUGAAUGUCCGCCAUCUUAUUUCUUGAUUAAUAAAUGGUUGUCUAUGGAUAUUUAUCCAUUUCGAUGUGAAAUUGAAGCACACAAAGACAGCACAAAAAGGCUUGCAUCUUUUUGUCAUCUAUGGAAAAUGUUUUUGAGUCAAAUUGUGAGCGAAGAAGAUGUCUGGUUGUCUUUCUUUUUUAAGCCGAGAUGUAGCUCGUUUACUAGAGUACAAAGAUUGGGAUGUCUUGCAGUUGCAUUUUUCGGAACAAUGCUUAUCAUGAAUAUGUUUUUUGAAGUCGGUGGAUCAAGUUAUUAUGUUAUGACAAUAGGAUUUGUAGAAUUUGACUUAUCUCCAAUAAUUAUCGCUUUUGAAGGGGCGAUCGUUACAACACCUAUUCAUGUUAUAUUGGCAGAAUUUAUAUGUCGUCUUGAACCUUAUCGCAGAAUUGGGGAUAAAAGUUUGGCCAACUAUUUGAAAACGCUACAAAAAGAUAAAAGUAAAUGGACUAAUAUUAAACGUCAAGAAUCAUACCGAAGUGCGCGAUCUGACUUGAAUAUUGGAAUUGUCAAAGAUGCAAAUGAUUUGAUGCCAUCUUGUGGAAAGAAACACAAUAAUGCAGUGACUGAAGAGUCGUCGGGUACAUAUAUUCCACCUCGUUCAUUCGUGAAAUCUUGCAUAGUAUCCGAUGGUAUUAAAAACAGUGACUUAUUUGAAUCAGAUUCGGAGGGUUUUCUCAGUUGCGAAAGCGAUCAAAACGUUUUCGAAACUCUUGAAACCUGCCGUGAAAUAAAGAAGAUUGCUUAUAAUAUAAAAAGGGAAUGUGAAAAAUACGAGGUCAAUUAUAGAAAUAGUUCAUCAACAAAGAGAAAAUUGAAAGUUAGAAUAAGGGAUUUCCCAAUUGACCAAGAAACUCCGAUAGUGGCCGAGCAAGUCAAAGAACUGGAAACAAGACAAGAAAAACUUCAACAAAGAGUCUGGUAUAAACGUUUCAAAUCAAAACGCAUAAUGCGGGGAUUGAGAAGAAAACAUGCAAAAGAUAACCGCAACAAACCUUCUCAAUUUGAUUCAUCAUUUCAUUCAUUAUUUAAUACAGACGGUGGUGAUGCUGAUUCAACGCGUUCUCAGGCAUACCUUGAACCCAAUAUGUUUCUUCAUGACAUCGUUUAUAUGCCAAAUUCCAAAUCUUUUCUGCCAGGCUGGGUAUCAGGGGUAGUAUGGAUUCUCAUUGUGACAUACAUAACUGUAUGCUCUGUCCUUUCUUUGGUGUAUGGCCUUUCUUAUCGGAAGGUAAAGUUUGUUGAAUGGUUCACUACAUUCUGUUUGUCUCUUUUCCAAACGCUGUUUAUUAUCACUCCAAUCCGAUUGAUCGUUACUGCGGCGAUAUAUGCCGUACUUAAUGGUAAACAAAUAGAUCCAAACAACUGGGCUGCUUACACUGGUACAGCAGCAAGAGCAAAUGCUGUGAUCAGAUGGAGACAAUGCCAGACGUCGUCACCAACAUUAUUGGAAUUGAAUGUAUCAAGAUGUUUCAACAAGAGUAAGUCAUGGAUAGGACCCGAUGUAUUUCCGUCUGUGCGGCGUAUCAAGACAGGGAAAAGAAGCCUGGCGGUAAGACAAGUCAAGCGAUAUUGGUAUGAUACAUUUUUAUGGAUAGCAUUGACAGGGUUCGUAACAUUUUUAAUUGUGACGCAACGUGAUUAUAGAAUAACCAGAAUAAGUAAUCAAGUGCAAAAUUAUUUCCAUGAUUCAUUGAAUGAAGUAAAAAGAAAAGGUGAAUUGUUCGAUUUUCUGGAUAAUUCCGUCAUACCGGUUCUAUACAAAACCCACGAAUUGUCAUACCUUGACCAGAUGAAGGUUUUGGGACCGAUACGUCUAAGACAACUACGCUUCCCGAGUGACAAUGAAUGCAAUUGCUUCAAUACCAAGCUGACAAGAGCAGGCUGUGCUUGCUUGUACCCCGAAAGCGACUCAUCAACAGUUAAUUAUUAUGACAAAUCUCACUACAUCGAUUCAUGGAAUAAUAAAGAUAAAUAUCUUGGAAACAACAUCACUUUUGUCAGUCCUUGGAGGUAUCAAGUAGUUGAUGUCAAUUCUGAUACAUACUUCCAACCGGGGAGCAUUCUACACCGUAGUUUUUAUCCGGCUGAUGGUUAUGUUGUGGAUAUUGGAUACAAGAUGAAACAGGCACUGUCUGUUUCAAAAUCCUUGAAAUAUGCUAAAUGGAUUGACAGAAAAUCUGCGGCUGUUUUUCUAGAGUUUGCAUUACUUGAACCAGUAUCCGGUCAUAUUACCGCUGCGACAUUCGUGUUUGAGUUUUUGGCGUCUGGAGGUGUCAAUAAAUUUUACCAAGCUCACAGCUACAGGCCAGUUUAUAUGUACAAUGCUGUAGAUAUUAUUAUUGUUUGCCUUCAAGUUCUACAUAUCUUUGUUACGUUUGCACAUCUAUAUUCCCUUUUCAACGAUUGUUCAGAUGUGCGUUGGAAAGCUCUGUCAAUAAUGAAUAUGUUCCUCGAUAUUUGGAAUGUGCUAACCAUGUUGGUUGUCGUCGUUACUAUUGCAGCUUACGGAUAUUAUAUCAUGCACAUUGUUAGCGCAGCACAACUUACUCGCGCUUUCAAGAACGAUCCAAGUCAGUUUUUGUCGUUUUCGAAGCCAGCCUAUUUUAAAAUUAUUUAUUGGAAUCUUAUAAGUUUUGAUGCAUUUUUAUGUUACAUUCAUCUGUUGAAGAUAUUAAGGGGGAGUCGAUCUGUUUCAAUCAUGACCUAUACUCUAUCUGUGGCAACUGAGAGCAUAAUCGGAGUUGCGACAUUGAUUGCAAUCAUCACCAUUGCGUCGUCUUUAAUUGGGAAAGUGUCUUUUGGACCACAGCGAUGGAACUUCCACUCGUUCCUAACAGCAUCAACUACUCUUACAAGUGUGGCUGCAGGCAUGGAUGUGUCACAUCCGGAGUUCGGCGUAACCAAAGAAAUGUGGUGGAGCAUUUACUUUUGUCUUUUUGCCUUUUUCACAUUGACGCUUUACACUAAUCUUUACGCCACUGUUUUAUCGGAUGCUUUGUUUUUCGCUAAAAAUGAAGCGACGAAGGAGGAGGCUCAUCAAGUUGAGACUCUCGCGCUGCACUGGCUAUUUGAAAAAACAGCAGGAUAUUUGGGUCUAAAAUCUCGUGCGUUUUCAGAUAAACGGAUAAAACUCAGACCUCCCCUGGGUUCUAUUAUUCGUCAUGACAUUACAGAAGCUAUGAGAAAAUCUCUUACGCUAGAUCCAGUUGCUAUCACCGGAUCAGAAAGAUGCAUCACUAAUAAGAUCAACAAUGACGCCAUGAAUAAGCGAAAACUUAUGAGACGCAAUUCGAAUUUGAGUGAAAAAAAUGAUGUGGUUUCUUGAUAUCUAUUGAAAUAAAGAAUUAUGGUAAAUUCGCAA